GAAAGAUGAGCCCGUUGUUGCCAUGCGGUUGCGGUAACAUUUCAUAAAAGGAAAAGACUGGGACUAGUAGAAGAUGCAAGAUGGCGGACAAGGUUGCGGAAGAUUCGAAGAAUUUAAAGCUACGAUUGCAGUCAUUUUUGAGUGGCAAGGACGAAUCAGGCCAAAUCUUAUCCAAUGUGGAGAAGACGCAAUGUGCAAUUGUGUUGUUGCAUUCUCUUCCGUGUGCAAGACACGCUGUCUUAGAACAGCUGUGUGAUGUGUUCCAUGAAGCUGUCCAGAAGUACGUGGUGGAGUUUGAAAGACAGGCAUUAUCUGGAAACACAGGCUGCUAUCCUGAUGCUCUUGAUCCAGAGCUGAUGUCAGCUUUGCAGAAUGUCAGUGAAGUUGUUUGCAGAUUUGUUGACAAUAACCCCACUGCUUGGGCUCCACUUAUUUGCCAGUGGUCUUUAAAUCUUCUUGGACAAGUUGUUACAAAAAAUAAUGGAAGAAGAGCUUCCAAUAUUGCGAUGUCACUUAGCGAGGGUCUUCAUAAGUGGAUGUUAUUUCCUGCUGUUCAGAGAUUAAUGGAUAUUGCAGUCCACUGUAGUGCAAAAUUAGUUGGGCGUGGCCAGGCUGAUAUUUGUGUGGAGUGCUUGCUUCAAAUAGCUGUGAACAGUUCCCCUCAUCUGGAUUGGGUUGUAGCUCACAUUGGGUCUCAUUUCCAUCAGGUUUUUAUUCCCAAGUUGCUGUCUACAGCAUUAAAAGAAUACACUGCAAGUCACUGCUCUGGGGGAAGUGCUGGAGAUGCCUCUGUAAUGACUCCUACUGUGGUGCAGGUCCUCACAUAUCUUUCUCUUCAACAUUCUCAAGAGAUCAAGAGCAAUCUAUUGGCUUUGUUUCAUGAAAGUACAACAAAAUCGAGCAAGACAGAUCCUGAAAGAGAGGAACAGCUUUCCACUCUUCCUUUUCUUCUUCACAUUGCUACCUUGUCACCCAACUUACUGAAGGGGACUAUAACAGAGUUCAUUGAUGUUUUGACUCCUGAAGUUCUUGUUCAAUUGUUAGAACAGUCUAAGAAGAGAGGAGAAAGGAAAACAAGCCUGGUGUCGUUACUUGUCAAUGUGAUCAAAAACACAGGAGAAGGAGCUCUUGAAGUUUUCCAGCUUUUACUUGAAAACUGCCAGACACCUGAGGAUAGGGGUUUAAUGCAUGUUGAUGUGACCCAAGCUGAGUUACAAAAAAUAUUCACUUUUAUUAUGGGAUUGCUGUUGAACAGACUUGAAGAAGUUGCUCUUCAGAGGCACAACCUUUUCUACAAAAACACUUCCAUGGCAUCACUGGACACCAGAAGGACAGAGAGUGAAUUUCUCACGGAAAUGGCUUGUCAUUCAAAAUACUUGUGCAAGGCACUAUUGGCUUCAUGUGGCAACAAGGUUUCAAAUAUUUUUCAAAUAUUGGUCAUCAUUGCCAUUCAUAGUGGACGAACUUCAGCUGCCAGAAUUCUGAAUUUAGUCCUGAUGAAUAGCAGAUCUGCACAGUCUCUUCAGCUGUUUGCUCAGCUUCAUGGUGAUCUGGAGUUGUACUAUGCACAGCUGGUAGACGAUGUUGUUAAAGCUUGUUUGUCAACUGUCAAAUAUCCAGGUGCUGCUUCAAGUUCACAUCAGUUAUUGCAUUUAAUGAGUAAUUUUCACCAAAUGAUUUCCACUGAGAACGGAAGUCAACUUCUGUCAAGGUCAAAGCUAUCAGCAUCACUUCAGAGACAUCACAGUGUGUUUGCUAAUUUACUCAUUCAUCCAAACCUACAAGUGUCCUUAAAAUCUCUUGCCCUUCUUCUGUCGCUGGACAAAACUCUUCCUGAUAAAGUGUCUAACAUGAUGAAGAUGUGCAGUAACUGUGUUGGUUUAUUCUACAAGUUACUGCACAACAUGGAAAAACAAGAUGGAAAAAUAACAGAAACAGUAAAAUCCAUAAAACUCUGUAGGAAGAUGUUUCUUCUACUCUCCAAAGAUGAUAGAUGUCGAUUGUAUUUAUUGAGGCUUCUAGUGGAAGGCACAUUGCAAAAGGAGCAUGUUUGUUUGUUUGGUGGGGUUUUGCCAGCUGAACCAACUGAGUCAGAAAAAGACUUGACAAAGAUCAAAGUUUCUUUGUUAGAGCGCAACAGAAAUCCGCACAUCUCUUCUCAUCUACCUCUUACUCCAUCAUCCGUAUUCUUCAGUGGAAUUGUUGGCGAUAUUGACAAAAACAACAGAACAAAAACAGCUGACAAAACAAAGUCUCAGGUAUGGCAGCAUACAAGCCAGAUGCUUGUGGAUAUUGUGUUUAUCCUAUGCACGUGUGACCAGGAGGAUGCAGAUCAGGGUAACUUAACUCUUCAUCAUAAAUACGUGGACUCUUUGUCACUGCUGUUAAUGGAGCUGGUUUGCCCUGAUGUUGUUCCCAUCACCUUUGACUGGCCAGAUGACGAAAGCCUCAAGUUUACAAUAGAACGCGAUUUGCGGAUAAAGAAAACUUUUGAUGACAAUCCCAUAUUAUGGGCGCUUGUGAGCAUUGUCGCUAGAGGUGUGUCCUCGCUGUCCAAGUGCAGUCCUUUAGUGUCCAGUCUGUUAGCCACCAUCAUGUCAUACUGGGAGGUGUACAGAGGUUCAUCAGUUGACCAAUCAACGCUCAAUUUUAAAGUCACGUGUUUUAUUACUGAUAUUAUGACAAAGGCAAGUUGGCUGCCUCCUCCUCUAAGUCGUGCAGGAGCUGUGUUUGGUCUUCUUCAGCCAAAGGAAAUUUUCACGGUACUCAACACUAUGUGGAAAGUGCUGAAGGAGUUCCCUCCUCCAAGCUCCGCCAUGACACCAGAAGCUACGCGGCAAAGAUGGCAGCAAGGUACAGCCUUUAAGACUCAAAAGGAAGUAGUUAAGGCGAUCUUUGUGAAUAAUAUUGAAAGGCUUGGUCACCACUAUGCUCGAGUGUUUGAUAAAUCUUGGUGAAUUAGUACACCAGUGUCAGGAGGUCAAAAUGUAAAUAAAUGUAUAGUUACCGAG